GUUGACGUUGACAUUCCAAAAAAACUGGCUAUUUUUGUAGGUUAAGUUUAUUUUCCAAAAACUUUUUAGUAAAAACCUUAUUGUCUUUUACUUUUAUAAUCCAAUUAUGUCUGAUGAGGAGGUUAUUAAAAGAAGGCUGAUAUUCGAUGGAGACGGCACAGGUGACGAUAGACGCUUCAAUUUGAUGCUGAAAAUGAUCACGAAAUUCAUAAACUCCGGCGAAGAAACCGCCGAAGAGUCCCGGCAGCGAUACGAUAAAAUUUCAGCUCAAUUGAGUAUGAUCGAGCACGCUCGAAAACGCUCCGAAUUGGUGACGAAAUCCAACGAUGAUCAAUUGAUAAAAUACCAGAAGUUAUUCAAAGACUACGAAGGAAAAAUACGCGACAUAAAGAGCGACAUUGCGAAACAACGGACUGAAUUAGAAAAAGCCAAGACAAUCAAACAGAACAGAAUCGAAUAUGAUCUUCUCGCCAAGCAAAUAUCCGCCGAACCAGCCAGGACCGAAAUGAACAAGAAAUUGCUCUCGUUGCAGAAACACCUAAAAGACAUCGGGGAAGAAAAGAGGCGUUUAAUCCAGAAACUAGCCAAAAGGAAGAAACAAUUCCACGUAUUGUCCACAUCCGCCAAUCAACUGCAAUUUUAUUUAGACGAAGACAACGAAUUCAUUGAUAUAAAUUCCUCCUUGGACGAUGUAAAUGUUAAUAGUCCCGAACCAAUGUCGGAGUAGAUUUAGUUAAAUAAGAGUAUAGAAAAUAAGAUAAUUAUGAAUUGUGUAAAUGUAAAAGUCGGAAGUAAGUAUUAAAUUUACAACUUUUUGUUUUUUUUACAA